ACUCCUCUUUUGUUUUAUCAAUACUCCUUUGCCCUUGAGCGCUGUUCAAUAUGCAUGCAUUUUCGUUCCGGAGUCACCCAUACGCAUGCCUACUUACACAGAGAUCUUAUACCCACCACACUCGCUUAAGAGAGUUCGUCGACUUGUUCUUGCGCUGUUUCUUUCUUUCCCCUUUCCCUCGGCUCUACUCUACUCAGGUUUUCUUUUUUACGUCAGGCGCAGGAGGCAUUAUUACGCUCGGAAUGGAAGGCAUCAUGAUGAUUUGGGAGGGCAUUCAGGACAGCAAAUGGCAGAGAAUAUGCGCACACACAGAACACACGAGGCCAAUGGAUAUUUGGCAACACACGCACAAAGAAAUGCAUUUUCAGCCACCUCGUCCGCUCACAACCCGCUCGCAAGCCAGCGCCGUGCCUUCCAAUACCUGAGCGCGCAGAUAUCGAUUAGAUGACGCCUUACAUGCAUGCAAGAAGAGUUGGAACGUUGACAUCGCGAAGGAUUCUAGAAACAGAGAGGCGUGUGUUUGUGUGUUUGUGUGUGUGCACGAGCGCGCGUGUUCCCAGAAAAGAAACAGUCGGCAUUAUACCCCCCCCCCCUUUUCUGUCAUGUUUGCCGGCCGCUUACCUCUAGACUUUCUGUGUGUACGGUGAGGAAAUACUACAGGGCAGAUAGGACACGAUGAGAUAGACGGUGGCUGAAAUUGAUUCUUCCUAUAAACCAAC